UCUCUUGUUUAUUUCAAGUAGCUAGAACUAUAUUGUAGUUGCAAAAAUUAGAGUUGAUAAUGAUGGGUUUAAUCAUCCUUAUUAUUUGGUUUUCUGUAAUAAUUGGCAUACCAUUUGGGUGUUUUGGCAGCUAUGAGAGAACAUUAUUAUCAGUUCAAAAACAAAAAGCCCUCUUUGUGUUUGGUGAUUCUCUCUUUGAUCCUGGGAAUAACAACUACAUCAACACUACUACUCAAUUCCAAGCUAAUUGGUCGCCUUAUGGUGAAUCAUUCUUCAACCCUCCUACUGGCAGAUUUUGUGAUGGUCGUAUCAUUCCUGAUUUUAUUGCGGAAUAUGCUGAGCUUCCACUGGUUCCAUCUUAUUUUGAGAUUGGAAAAGACCAUUUUGUCCAUGGAGUGAAUUUUGCAUCAGGUGGAGCUGGCUGUCUAGUUGAAACUUUUCGUGGCUUUGUUAUUGACCUUAAAACACAAUUGAAAUAUUUCAAAAAAGUUACCAAAGAUUUGAAGAACAAGUUUGGAAGAAAAAAGUCUAAACAACUCCUCUCCAAUGCUGUAUACAUAUUUAGUGCAGGAAAUAAUGAUUACUUCAAUUUUGACGCAACGUAUCCAAAACAUGAAUACGCAAACAUGGUAAUCGGCAAUUUGACAUCUGUUAUCAAGGGAAUACACAAGGAAGGAGGGAGAAAAUUUGUGAUCCUUAGUUUGGGUCCUUUGGGUUGUACACCAGGUUCUAGGGCUCUUAAUUUCCAACAAGGAAAUAAAAGUGGCAACUGCAUACAACAACUCACAACCCUUGCAAAAAUACACAAUUCAGCUUUGCCUAAAAUGCUAAAGCAACUAGAGCAAAAGUUACCUGGAUUUAAGUAUUCCUUAUUUGAUUUUUUCAAAGUUGCUACUGAAAGAAUUAACAAUCCUUCAAAAUAUGGCUUUAAAACAUCAAAAACAGCUUGUUGUGGGACGGGUCCAUUCAGAGGAAUCUAUAGUUGUGGAGGGAAGAGACAAGUAAAAGAGUACAAGUUAUGCAAAAAUGUAAAGGAUUACCUAUUUUUCGACUCUGGUCAUCUCACAGAAAUGGUAUACAAACAAGUUGCUGAAUUACUAUGGAAUGGCACUGUGGAUGUUAUUCAGCCUUACAACUUGAAGUCAUUUUUCCAUCUACCAGCAUAGCUUAUAAUUGAAUAAACAACAAUUCUGUAAACAUAUAUGAUGCUUGAGAUGUAGAACUUGUCAUUGUAUGAAUGUGAAAUUGGAGAAUGCUCUGAAUUCAUGCAAAUAAAUUCCC